UCCACCCAAUUCCAUCCGCUCGGAGCUCCAAGCCACCAUCAUGUCCGGCCGCGGCAAGGGCGGGAAGGGUCUGGGCAAGGGCGGCGCCAAGCGCCACCGGAAAGUGCUGCGGGACAACAUCCAGGGCAUCACGAAGCCGGCUAUCCGGCGUCUGGCUCGCAGGGGCGGCGUGAAGCGCAUCUCGGGGCUCAUCUACGAGGAGACCCGCGGCGUGCUCAAGAUCUUCCUCGAGAACGUCAUCCGCGACGCCGUCACCUACACCGAGCACGCCCGCCGCAAGACCGUCACCGCCAUGGACGUCGUCUACGCGCUCAAGCGACAGGGGCGCACCCUCUACGGCUUCGGCGGCUGAUCUGCUGCCGCUCCGUCCAGUCUCUGCCAGCUCCUGUUCCAUCUGCCGGAGUGCGCGUGUUGUUCUGUCGUUGUGUGCAGUAGGGUCUUCCUGAAUAUGGAUGCAUCUCUCGAUAUGUUUCUGUAAGCUUGUUAAAUUCUUCCCAGCCAGAAAGAUUAGGAGAUAAUGAACCAAUCUCCGAGCAAAUAUUACAGUAAACUGCAACAGGUGUGAAUGACAUUUGGGCUUAUAGAAACAUCUUCACUAUUUUUUUCAGACGUUGUUGCAUUACUUCAGGAAGACAGGAAUGAACCUGCGUGCCUCAUUGUUUGCUGCUUGUGAAAUUCAGUGACGUAGUUAUCUGUGAAA